AUGUUGUGCGAAUCCCGCUCCUUUCCAAUCCCCUGGUCACAGUCUUCUGAUGAAAACGGUCGGUCCGGAUCCGUUGCCAAGGCGGAGGGACAACCAUCAGUCGGGCCAAGAAGAGUUCGAGGAGCUCUCUCGGCGAAUAAACACAGCACAGACACACAAACCACACAACCACACACAGAUGUUGACAAGAUUCUUCAAGAUCGCAUCCGAACUUGGGCGAGGGCAAAGGCCCAUGGCCCUUCUCCCCUUACCGGGACACCCCCGAGGACCCAUGCUGCCGAAGCUGGGAACGAACGACGAGAAGGACGCCGAGAUCGCCCAGCAGAAGACACCUCAAGGAAUGCCUUCACAAGCUUCUGGCUAACAAUACGAGCUAUCCUGUUCUCGAGCAUCGUCAAUGUACUACUCAUCUUUGUCCCAGUUGGGUUUGCUGUCCGUUUCGCGCAUUUGCCUGCAGGCGUGGUUUUCGGUGUCAACGCUGUUGCAAUUAUUCCACUCGCCAGUUUGCUCAGCCAUGCGACGGAGAGUGUAGCCAGCCGAAUGGGCGAUACCGUGGGGGCUUUGAUGAAUGUCACCUUUGGCAAUGCUGUCGAGCUGAUCAUCUUCAUAAUCGCCCUCUGCAAGGAUCAGAUUCGAAUCGUUCAAGCGUCGCUUGUGGGCUCGAUAUUGGCUAACGUCCUCCUGAUCCUCGGCAUGUGCUUCCUCCUCGGCGGUCUGCGGUUCCGGGAGCAAAUCUACAACUCGACCGUCACGCAAACCAGUGCCUCGCUCUUGGCCUUGAGUGUGAUGAGUCUGCUCAUACCGACCGUUUUCCAUGCCUCUUUCAGCAAGAUCCUCACGGCAGACGACAAGGUCCUCAAGAUCAGCAGGGGCACAUCGGUGAUCUUGCUGCUUGUUUAUCUUCUCUACCUGGUGUUUCAGCUGAAGUCACAUUCGUACCUGUACGAGUCGACACCACAGCAUAUCAUUGAGAUGGAGACCAGGCCUGGACCGGCAGCGCACUAUUUCCACUCGUCGAGCUCGUUGGAUGAAAUGGACAGCGACCACAAUACUUCGAGCGACGAAAAUAGGGAAGACGAGGGGAUCGGGCGUGGAAGACAACUAGAGGCACUUCAACUUCAUGGCACGGGAUCGGCAGAAGACACCCACCCUGACGCUGUCACUGACGGGCACGAGUCGGGUCAAGGAGCUCCUACCCACUCCCACAAGAAGUCAAAGAAGUCGAAACAUCACCACAAGCGACACCAUUCCAAAAAACAUUGUGACUCUGGCGAGCAGACACAGCCAUCGGUCCGCCGAGUGGCCUUUGAAGAGGGCCCCUCGCUGGAAGCACAACCUGUCCCAUCCUCGCCACGACCUCUGUCGUUGAGCUUUCGCCAAUUACCUCUCUUCACACCCCGUCAGUCAAGACUGAACAUCAACAACCCCUCCAAUCUCCCACCUGAUUGCCCACGCCGCGCCCGUUCGCUCCCUCUGAACCGUGGCCCUCCCACUUCUUCCUCUAUAUUUGAUCCCAGCUUCAGGUUUUCCACUGUCAAUGCUGAUCCCCAACCGUCAACUACCUCUGCCCCUACGACUUCUCCCGACGAUGGUCGGUCCACCACCACCUCCAAACCUCCAAUCUGGCCUCCCAUCCUUGUCCUGCUCAUUUCAACGGCGUUGAUCUCCCUCCAAGCAGAGUUCAUGGUUUCAGCCAUCACACCACUUUUGGCAUCCGAUACGGGCUUGUCAGAGGCGUUUAUCGGGCUGAUCCUGCUCCCAAUUGUCGGCAACGCAGCAGAGCACUUGACAGCUGUCACAGUCGCUCUCAAGAACAAGAUGGAUCUUGCUAUUGGUGUUGCCGUUGGUUCGUCAAUCCAGAUUGCACUGUUUGUCACACCUCUCGUGGUAAUACUAGGGUGGGCCAUGGGCAAAGAUAUGAGUCUCUUCUUUACCUUGUUCGAAACGGUGUGCGUGGUUGUCUCGGCAUUCAUUGUCAGCUUCCUCGUGCUGGAUGGAAGAAGUAAUUAUCUCGAGGGAGCUCUCUUGGUUGCGGGCUAUGUCAUGAUUGCGGUAGCGGCGUUUUUCUAUCCGGAUGUUGCUGCGGCGAAUUUGCUGGGGGGUGGGCAGGAUGAAUUGUUGAAUGGGGGCCCGGUGAAUGGGAGUGGGUGA